GAGUGGCGUACAGCGCGCGUGAAGAUGGCGGCUGUUCUGGAGAGAAGCUACAUCGAGAUCUGCGGCUUUGAGAGAGAAACACUUUCACGAUUCAGAGAGAUUACAGUGAAUCUAGCAGGUGUGGGUGUUCACUCAGGUGGUGUGAAGUAUGCAGACAGUGCUGGUGGAUUUUCUUAUGAGGACAGCGGUAAACUACUGUCAGUCACGAGCAACAGAUUUAUACACUGGUCCACUUCAGGUGAUACUGCUCAGUUUGUAGAGCAGUCGCUGGACACUAACCUGCUGAAUAAUGCUGUCCGUCUGCGUAUCCCACAAUGCCUUCUGCUGCCCGGAGGAGUUCAUAUCCAGGAGACUCUUAACAAUGUCAUAAUACUGGUCGUCACAAACCAGUCAGUCCAUCGACUGGUGCUGCCACACCCCACUCGCAUGUACCGCAGUGAUCUGGUCACUGAACUACAGAUGCAGUCCAUAUUUACAGACAUCGGGAAGCUGAAUUUAAAGGGACCGGCUCACAGUUUUGUACUUCCGUUCGCUCAAGGUGCACAGUCAGCAGGUCCAUACACGUCUGCCGCAUGGAUCAGUCAUCAGGGGGAGGCCCUGUAUGCUCUCGCUUCGCCUUCAGGAGGCAUUAUGAUUGUCACCUUACCACCUCAUGAUCAAGAAGGGACCGUUUCUGUCAUGGAGUUGAAACAGAGUUCAGUGAUGCAACGAUUGGCUGGCUGGAUGCCCACCGCUAUCAGGGGGGAUCAGUGCACGUCUGAGCUGGCCAUCAGUCUGGCGUUCCGACAGUUAGAGGACGACACCUUCGUGUUUGCUCUGUGUCAGGACCAUAAGCUCAGGAUGUGGUCAUUUAAGCAUCAGAUGUGUGUGUUGGUGGCUGAUAUGUUGGAGUAUAUGCCUGUGGGUCGUGCCGAGGUGAAGGGUUCUCCAGCUCAGGCUCAUAAAAUCCGGCUGUUCUUCUCCUCCCCCACCGGUCUGUAUCUCGCUGUCUAUCUCGCUGUUCCCAAACGCAGUCAGUUCUGUGUUCUGCAGCUGGUGGCCAAUGAGAACAACCGCUACAGCCUAGAUCACAUAUCCACACUCUUCUCUACACAGGAAACUCUGGUGGAUUUCGUCUUGACUGCAUCUGAUAUAUGGGCUCUUUGGCUUGAUAAUGACAACCAGACUGUGGUGAAGUACAUCAAUUUUGAGCAUAACACCGCAGGCAUGUGGAACCAGGUGUUUGUCCAGCCGUCACCAGAGGAGGAAGUUCACAUCGGUGAAGAUCAGGACCCACGGGAAACGUACCUUGAAGUACUUUUUUCGCCACUACGUUUCACGGCCUCUGCCAUCGUUAAAGCUUUACAGAUCUACAAACGAGGCACUGAUCGUUAUUUGGACUUGUCGUGGGAGGAGCUGAAGAAAGAGGUUACGGUCACAGUGGAGAAUGAGCUUCAAGGCAGCGUGACUGAAUAUGAGUUCUCCCAGGAGGAUUACCGCCUGUUGCAGGUGGAGUUCUGGUCUAAGUUCUACGCCUGCUGUCUGCAGUAUCAGGAGGUUUUGUCCACCCCGCUUGCCCUGCAUGUGAGUCCAGCCACGGCCAUGGUCUGCAUCCUUAAGAAGGGUUUUGUAUCGUUCCUGAUGCCUUGCUUUGCUGUGGAUCAUCUUUACCUGUCCUCAGAUGAAUAUCUGUUCUCUGAAGAGGAGACGCCCAUCGCUGAAGACUCAGAUGUGAGUCGGGACAUUCUGCAGCUCGUUCAGUGUCUGCGGCUGGUGAACGAGGCUCUGCCCGAGGAAAUGGCAUACGAGAUGGAGAAAGCGCUUGAGCAGCUGAUGUCUCCAGAGAGAGCAUCUGAGAAAGUGCUGGAGGGGCUGCUUGCCAAAGACACUGUGAGUGUUAUUGAGGACAUCGCAAACAAACUGCAGGACAUCCGUAACCCCAUCGCUGCGAUCAGUGUGCUUCUCAGAGAACUGGACCUUGAGACCGAUGCAGAAACUGACACCAGACCCACAGCAGGUCAGUCUCUUAGAGUGCGCAUUGGUCUCUCUCAGCUUUACGGCAGUAGUGCGGCCGCCAGUCUGAUCGGUCAAGCUGUGUGCCAGACUGCCAUGACACGAGCGCUACUCUGCAGAGACUUGCUCAUCCUGCUUCAGCUGUAUAUGCGCAUCAGCUAUAAUUUGUUUCUUCCAAGCGGCUCUGAGAUGCUGCAGCUGCAGCAGGAUUUGAUUCCUCGCUGUUCUCACCUGCUCUGCUCGUAUCACCUGCUUAAACAGAUGAGCCUGAUGCUGUCCUCAUCUGUACCGAUUGACAUACUUAAUGCAGAUCUGCAGCAUCUCUCUGUUCUAGAGCUGUCUGAUGCCUCGACUCAUACAGCCAACAGAUCAGUGUUGACUCCUCAGACUGUGGUGGAGUUGUUCUAUCACACUGUGGCUCGUAAAGCCAUCAUGUCUCAGAUCUUCUCACAGCAGAAUGUUGAGGGCAGUCAGACAGCGCUGGACUGGUCGCAGAUGAUCUCUAAUGUCCUCUCACUGCUCUGCCAGUUUCUCUGGCCCAGUAAUUCCAGCUUCCUCUUUCCUGAAUGCCUGAUGGGAAACUGCCAGUAUGCACAACUACAGGAAUAUGUUCGGUUGAUUGGGCCGUGGUGUCAGGUGAAUGUGGGAUCCUGUCGAUUUGUGUUGGGUCAGUGUUAUCUGGCCAAUGGUGAGGGGCAGAAGGCGUUGCAGUGUUUCCAGGAAGCGGCAGCUGAGGUGGAUAAAGAAGAGUUUUUAAUGAAACUCACAGGUUCAGACGAGGAGACUGGCACCACCGCCCCGCGGUUACUCUAUUAUAACAAGGUUCUGCGGUUAUUAGGGGAUAUUGGUUUGCCAGAGCUUGUGAUUCAGUUAGCAACACUGGCCAUAUCUGAAGCGACCGAUGACGAGAGAAGCCAGGCUGCACUGUGGACUCGUAUAUUCAAACAUCAUCUGGAUCUUGGACAUAACAGUCAGGCGUAUGAAGCUCUGACUCAGAACCCUGAUUCCAGCAGGCAGUUGGAUUGUCUCCGGCAGCUGGUGGUGGUUUUGUGUGAGCGCUCUCAGCUCCGAGACCUCGUCCAGUUCUCAUUUGUUAAUUUACAUGAUGAGGUGGUCAGUAUAAUUGAGUCUCGUGCAAGAGCUGUGGAUCUCAUGACUCACAACUACUAUGAGCUGCUGUAUGCUUUUCAUAUCAAUCGCCACAACUACAGGAAAGCUGGUACGGUGAUGUUUGAGUAUGGUAUGCGUCUGGGUCGUGAGGUUCGGACUCUUCGUGGUCUUCAGAAACAGGUGAACUGUUACCUGGCGGCACUGAACUGCCUGCGGCUCGUUCGUCCGGACUACGCAUGGAUCGUCCAGCCUUCAUCCGGAGCAGCGUGUGAACGACCAGGUGCGUCACCCAAAAGGAACUAUGAUGGCGAGUUUGCUGCAAGUCCAGUAAAUCAACAGAUUGACAUUCUGGAAUUGAAAGACUUGGAGAAAGAGUAUGCUCUAGCUCGCAGUCGUCUGAAUUUGGCACAACAGGACCCUCCCUCAGCUGCCAUUGCAGGAGGAGCGUCUGCAGUGGAGAUGGUGACUCUGCUGGUUCAAACAGGACUUUUUGAUAUGGCUGUGACUCUGUGUCAGACCUUUAACUUAUCCCUCACACCUGUCUUUGAGGGACUCACCUUUAAGUGCAUCAGACUGCAGUAUAAAGGUGAUCAGGACCAGACAGAGGCAUGGAACUGGCUCGCAGCCAAUCAGCUGCCGACUAUUAUCUCUACCAAAGAGUCUAGUGCAACCGAUGAAGCCUGGCGUCUUUUAGCUUAUUAUCUGGAGAAUCAUCCAUCACAAAAUGCUCAAUAUCAUCGCUGUGUCAUCAACAAGCUACUGUCACAUGGAGUACCGCUGCCUGAUUGGCUGAUUAAUGCAUACAAGGAGGUUGAUGCUGCAGCGCUCCUGCGUCUGUAUCUGAACUAUGAUCAUCUGGAGUCCGCAGCUGAACUCGUGCUGGAGUUUGUGGAUGCUCUGCUCGGGAAGGGACAUCAAUAUUUUGGCAUAGAGCGUCCGCUCUCAGCUACAGCAUCUCUGGUAUGGUUGCCCUACACAUCUAUCGAUCAGCUGUUAAGAAGUCUUGGUGAAAGUCAAAUCAAUGAAAAGAUGUACAAGAAUGUGAAAGAUAAACUAGCGGAGUAUCACAGACUGGUGGAUCAGAGCAGCAAACACAGACUCAUGGCACGUUAACUGCACCUCAAAACAGAUUUUCAAACAUUUCGUAUGAAUCACAUACAUGAAGUGAAUAUCUCUUGAUGGUAUAUAGAGAGGUUCUCUGCCCCCUACUAAAAUUGUUUCAAAGUGUUGGAUUAGUGAUUUGAUAAUGUUAAAGUUGCUCUUGAUAAAAUAAGAGUGUAUUUUUAUAAUAAUACUGUUUAAACUUUGUAUGUUGUGUUUUUGACAGUGUAAGUUAAUGUAAUAAAAAAAUGUAUCCAAUAAAACAAAUAAAAAGGUU